UCUCACUGCCUUCUCCAACCAGAUUCAGCAGCCGAAAAUUCUAAUCAGUCGCAGCAAGAAGCCAGCAGCGUGAGAAUGAGAGAAAUCGUCCACAUUCAGGCCGGUCAAUGUGGCAACCAGAUCGGUGCUAAGUUCUGGGAAGUCAUCAGUGAUGAGCAUGGGAUUGACCCCAGUGGGAAUUAUAUGGGCGACUCAGACCUGCAGCUGGAGAGGAUUAGUGUCUACUACAAUGAAGCUUCUUCUCUUAAGUAUGUACCCAGAGCCAUCCUAGUGGAUUUGGAACCAGGCACAAUGGACAGUGUUCGAUCAGGGCCUUUUGGACAUCUCUUCAGACCAGACAAUUUUAUUUUUGGGCAAAGUGGAGCUGGAAACAACUGGGCAAAGGGGCAUUACACAGAAGGUGCAGAGCUUGUAGACUCUGUCCUUGAUGUGGUGAGAAAAGAAUGUGAAAAUUGUGACUGUUUGCAAGGUUUUCAGCUUACGCACUCUCUGGGUGGAGGUACAGGUUCUGGCAUGGGAACCCUGCUUAUUAGCAAAGUACGAGAAGAAUAUCCUGACCGAAUCAUGAAUACUUUCAGUGUUGUUCCUUCUCCAAAAGUCUCUGACACAGUGGUAGAGCCAUACAAUGCCACCCUCUCCAUCCACCAGCUUGUGGAAAAUACUGAUGAAACCUACUGCAUAGAUAAUGAAGCUCUCUAUGACAUCUGCUUCCGGACCCUCAAACUUGCAACACCCACUUACGGAGACCUCAACCAUUUGGUAUCAGCUACCAUGAGUGGGGUCACCACUUCCCUGAGAUUUCCAGGACAGCUUAAUGCUGAUUUGAGAAAGCUUGCAGUGAACAUGGUACCUUUCCCUCGACUCCAUUUCUUUAUGCCAGGAUUUGCUCCGCUUACUGCCCGAGGAAGCCAACAGUAUAGGGCAUUAACCGUCCCAGAACUCACUCAGCAAAUGUUUGAUGCCAAAAAUAUGAUGGCUGCUUGUGAUCCCCGUCAUGGUAGGUACCUGACAGUGGCCACAGUCUUCAGGGGAAAGAUGUCCAUGAAGGAAGUUGAUGAGCAGAUGUUAGCUAUCCAGAGCAAGAACAGCAGCUACUUUGUGGAAUGGAUUCCCAACAAUGUUAAAGUGGCUGUUUGUGAUAUUCCACCUCGUGGACUCAAGAUGUCCUCCACUUUCAUUGGCAACAGUACUGCAAUUCAGGAGCUUUUCAAGCGGAUCUCAGAGCAGUUCACAGCUAUGUUCCGCAGGAAGGCAUUCUUGCACUGGUACACUGGUGAAGGUAUGGAUGAAAUGGAGUUUACUGAAGCAGAGAGUAACAUGAAUGACCUGGUGUCUGAAUACCAACAGUACCAAGAUGCUACAGCUGAUGAAGAAGGGGAGAUGUACGAGGAUGAUGAAGAAGAAUCUGAAGCACAUGGUCCAAAAUGAAAUGUGAAUCAUUCAUGUCCAUUGAGAGGAUUUGAAAACAGUUUACCCUAGAUCUUCACAUCAGGCUUUUACUUGUCUUUAUUACGAGUUAGCUCAGUUACAGUGCCUUGUAAAAGUAUUCAGUCCCCAACCCUUUGUUAACAUAAAUGAGUAUUACAACCAGGGAUCUUGAUCAGUUUAACUGAGAAUAUUUAUUUGUGAAUCACAUGCUCCUUUCCCCCCCCCCCCCACAGAGCCCAAAAUCAAGGAAAAUUAUAAAGCAUGACAAACUAAAAAUUAAAACCCAGGGAUGUCCGUAGUUCAAAAGUAUUCAUCCCCUUUGCUCAGUACUUAGUUGAACCACCUCUCGCAGCUACAGUGGUGCUAGAAAGUUUGAACUGUGUAGAAUUCUCUGCAUUUUUGCAUAAAUGUGACCUUCAUCCAAGUCCUAAAACUAGAUAAAGAGAACCCAAUUCAAUAAAUAACACAAAAACAUCAUACUUGUCCAUUUAUUUAUUGAGAAAAAUGAUUCAAUAUUAUAUGUAUUGGGAAAAAGUAUGGGAACCUUUGUUUUCAGUAACUGGUGUGACCCCCCGCCCCCCCCCCCCCACAGCAACCAAAUGUUUCCAGUAACUGUUGAUAAGUCCUGCACAUCAGCUUGGGAGAAUUUUAAGCCAUUCCUCCUUACAAAACUGCUUCAACUCUGGGAUGUUGGUGAACUGCUUGCUUCAGGUCUUUUCACAACAUUUCUACAAGAUUAAGUUUGGGACUUUGAUUCAGUUGUUCCAAAAUGUGAAACCUCUUCUACUUCAAUCAUUCUUUGGUAGACUGACUUGUGUGUUUAGGUUCAUUGUCUUGCUGCAAGACCCACUUUCUGUUGAGCUUCAGUUCACAGAUGGAUACCCUGACAUUCUUCCAUAGUAUUUGCUGAUAGAAUUCAGAAUUCAUGGUUCUAGCAAUGAUGGCAAACCAUCUUGGUCCCAAGGCAGCAAACCAUGAUACUGCCACCACCAUGUUUCACAGAUGGGAUGAGGUUCUUGUGCUGGAACACAGUGUUUGCUUUUUGCCAGACAUAAUGCUUCACAUUUAAGCUAAUUUGGACUCAUCUGUGAACAGAACAUUCUUCCAAUGGCCUUCUGGCUUUUCACAUUGUCUUUAGCAAACUUUAGACAGGCAGCAAUGCUCUUCUUGGAGAGUAGUGUCUUUCUCCUUGCAAUCCUGCUAUGCACAUCAUUGUUUGAGUGUUUGUCUGAGGGUAAGCUCAUGAACACUGGCAUCAGCCAUGACAAGAGAGGCUUGUAGCUCCUUAUACAUGUUACCCUGGGGUUCUUUGUGACCUGCUGGUGUAUUACACACCUCGCCAUUGGAGUGAUUUUAUUUUUUUGUUGUUGGUCGACCACUCCUGGGCAGAGUAACAAGAGUGUUGAAUUUCCUCCACUGGUACACCAUCUGUCUGACUGUGGAUUGGUGGAGCCGAAACUCUUCAGAAAUGGUUUUGUAUGCUUUUACAGCCUGGUGGAAAUAUCUGACUCUAAUUUCCUCUCUAACUGAAAUGAUAAUCCUAGAGGUUCAACAAAUACAUAUAACAUUGGAUCAUUUUCCUCAAAUAAAUGAAAAAGUAUAAUGCUUUUUGUGUUAUUUAUUUAACUGGGUUCUCUUUAUCUAGUUUCAGGACUUGCGUGAAGACCUGAUCACAUUUUAAGGUUAUAUUUAUGCAGAAACAGAGAAAAUUCUAAAGGGCUUACAAACUUUUUUUUAGCACCACUGUAUUACAGCCUGUAGCCUUUUUGUACAAGUAUCUAUUACUGUAGCUUUGCACAACGUGAUUGUAAAGUGGAAGCUGGUUCACAGGUUUGGUGAGUGAGACAGAAAACACUGACUGCAAAUCCAAAAAUAAAACGACCAAACAUUUAAGUCCCCUAAGUUGCACAAACUGCAGAACUAAAUAUUCAACAGAUAUUUUGCAGAAAGUGCGUACAGGACAUACCUUCCCAGUGGUUCUCUGAGGUAUGCAUUGGGAACAAAGGAAAAGAGAGUGAAUCUCUUGCAUGUUAUUCCUGUAUCACCAAGGUGCUUGAGACUGGACUCUAGGUGUCGUGGUGUGUAAGCCAAUGAAUGGGAAGAGUGGCUGUAGUUCUUAAAUGCACCAAUCAACAGUCAAUACAGUGGAAGCGGCAUUUGAAUGGCAAAUAAACCAUGCCUCCACACUACAGUGAUGGAGCAAGAUUUGCCCAACCCCCUUGCAACACUGCUGAAGAUGUGCCAGGUCAGAUGGGGAGUGGCAGUGGACAACAAUCCUGACAUCUUCCUAGAGAUGCUUGUUCAGAUUAAAGGCGGGAGUCUUCACUGGGUCAUUCAAAGACAUCAAGUUUUCUUCAUUUGAAGUCAAUCCAUGGUUGCUCUGGCAGCGUGCUUUGUGUAGUUGUCCUGCAGAAAGACUAACUUCCUCCCCAGUUUAAUCUUUGUGGCUGAAGCCAGCAGAUUUUUAUCUAGUAUCUCUUUGUAUUUGUCAGCAUUCAUCUUCCCAGCAUUCCUGACCAGAUUUCUAGUCCCUGCUGCUGAAGAGCAUCCCCAUUGCAUGAUUCUACCUCCACCGUACUUUACAGUAAGGGAUGGUGCUAUCUGGCUGAUGCACAGUAUUAGAUUUACGCCAUACAUGCCACAUAGUGUUGAAGCCAAAUGUGUUCCACUUUAGUCUCAUUCGACCACAAGACCUUCUCCACAUAUUUACAGUACCUUAGUGGCACUUUGCAAAGUCUUUAUGGGCAAGGAUAUAUUUAGCCAGGACUACUACUUUGCCAUUCUUCCAUAAAUCCCCAUUUUGUGCAAGGCCUUAGAGUUUCUGGAACCAUGAACUUCAUGUCCAGUGUAGCCACUGGCUUGUGCAGCUCAUUUAGAGUACUGUGGUGUCACAGUAGUCUCUCUUACAAGUGCCAUUCUUCUCUGGAGAGGGACGGUCUGACAUAGGCAGUGUGGCUGGUUUGAUAUUUUUUCUGCUUUGUCACAAUGGACUGCGCUGAGAUCCAAGGUACGUUCUGUGCCUUUGAGAUGGUCUUGUACCCUUCCCCUGAUUUGUGGUUCUUUAUUAUUUCCCUAACUUGUCUUGAAUGCUCUUAUGUCCUCAAUGUGGCUUGGUCUGUUGAAAAUAUUCCAUACUGUUGGAUCUUAGAGAGGGGGUAUUCUUAUGAAUUCAUUAAGGACUAUUUUCUACAUCAACAAAUUGGGCAAAUUAGUAAGGUAAUAUAUUGGUUGCACCUAAGGAAAGUUAGUGUAGUAAUUAUAAAGGGGAUGAAUACUUUUUCAGCUUCAAUUGUGGUUUUUAAUUUUUAGUAAAUUAUUGACAGAUUUAGGAAAUUUUCUCUUGAUUUAAUGCACAAUGUUUUGUAGAUUAGCUCAAAAAAUUCUACUUCAAUAUAUUUUAAAUUUAGAAAAUGAGACAAUAAAAUGAAGAGUUGUGGGGACUGAAUAAUUUUUCAAGGCACUGUAUAGAUUACUUGCUUCCAGCUAGCCUUAUCCUGUUAUCCUCUUUACUCUCAGUAUUGGUCACCAACCAACUGUAUAAGUUCUGGAUAUUUAAAACUCCAACUUUAUUUUAAUAACAUGAAUUCCUAAUUUUAUUUUUUAACUGUUUUGCCAGUUAAUUUUUGAAUAUUUAAUAAAUUAUUGCUGUGAAACCUUUUCUGAUGUUGUGCAUUUAACACAAAUUUGUGUAACUUGGAUGUUUUCCCAUUUAUUUAGAUUGAAAGAAAUCAACAUAUAUGACAAAUGACACAUUUUCAGUAUUUCACCUAUCUAUAGACCAGACAAUAAAGACAUAUCAUAAAAAUAUACAUGCAUACAAAAAUAAACCUGUUCCAGUACCCCAGAGUGCUUUGAGCAUAAUAGGAAUGUUCAAUAUUAACAUUACAGCAAGGCACUAAAUCUUUGAAAAAGUGUGAAGUCUUAUUCCCUAAUUACCUAAAAUUCUAACUCCCAACUCUGUCUAAGCCUUAAAGAUGCCUUACAUUCAUGUGAACUGUAACCUUCAUUCCUAUAGCUACUAUUCAUUAAAUUCAAUUAUUGUUCUUCCCCACUGCUUUCCAUUCCCAAGAUCUUUCAUAUCCUGAACAGCUGGCAAAUUUGAAAUGUGACUGCACCCAGAUAAAUUUAAAAAUAUCAUUGACAAAUCUAAGGGCAACAGGUAGUUAAACCAAGGCAAUUAACUCAAACAUUCAGAUUUCUCUGCAAGAUGCAAAGAUGUUGCUGCUGUCUAAGUUCUCACACACUGGACGAUGCUUGUACCCCUAGAACAGCUGACAAAUCCAUCCCAGCAGUCUCACUUUAGGGUUAGGGUUAUUUACAGGCCAUACAUAAAUUUGGCAUUUGUAACCUGUACAAGACUUGUACUUAAGAGUUUCAUUAGUUCUACAAUAUUAUAAAUGCUGUUCCAUAUUUUAAGUCAUAUCCCCUCCUUCAAGUCUACAAAAGGAAGUAACAUUUGCUAUGACCUGUCCUUUGAAAAAUCAUUAAAUCACUGCUUCCUAUACCUGUGCCCAUUUUUCCAUCCUCAUGCUGAUCAUCUUCAGUCACAUUUCUAGAAAUGCAUUCUUGCUUAAAUCAGAAGGCUGAAGAGUUCAGAAUACAACAGACAUGCCAGCCUGAGCUUACAUGAUUAAAUUUAUCAAUAAUACUUUCUCUUCUCAAAUAGCUGUAAACAAUCCCAAUGCACAUAUGAGCAGAGAUGUUCUCAUCCAUAUCCCUGUCAACAAUUAUCCUUAAAAUAUCACAGACAAAACUGUCUAAUGAUUAUCGAUACCAUCCAUGUACAACCUGUAGAAAGGCCCCCACAUUACCACAAUGAAUACUUGUGUAAAGUCAUGCUGAGUUACUUGAAUAAAAAUAAAGUGCUACAAGAAAAGUAUCACUUCUCUGCACUCAACCUGAUUUUUUAAAAAAAUGAAAUAGUUUAUGUACUAAGGAGUACAAUGUUUAUUUCUGGGUUCCAACAUUAAUCACCUUUUUGAACCACUAUGUGCCAUAAAGACUUGCAAUCUUCCUUGACUAACAAAUGACAAUGAUGAGGCUAUCCAAUAGACCAUUGAAAAUGUUGACCAGGUAGUCCACUUGGAGGCGACUCUCUAGGGUCCCUCCUAACCUUGGAUACGUGAUGGCCUCGGGAAUUCCCAAAUAGUUUCACAUGCAAAUUUUUGAUCUGAAAUUGUCAAUAACAAAUCUUUGCAGUCAUUUAAUUCUUCCAGCAGUCUACAAUUCAUCAUCAGAAGCAUCACCCUUUGUCAAAAUACAUCUGAACUCUAAAACUGAUUUUCUUGACUGCUCAAUCCAGCACACCAUCUGGGAUUAAUCAUAAAGCUUUUCCCACCAGAGUCAUGAUUGUUUAAUAUACUUAAGUGCAAAGGAGAAUGAAGUAAUUGUUACUCCAGAUCCAAUGCACAAAAAAAACAAUAAGAUAAAGAACACAAUAAAUAUAAAUACAUAAGAUAGCUUAUAUACAUAGAUUGAUUGUAUGACCAUAAAGUGACGCUAGGUCCAGGAGUGUCUGUACAUAAGCUGACAGACAGGAAAUGAUAAAAGUAGUGGUAGUGGGGUGUGUGAUGGCGUGGUUAAUAAGUGGAGGUGUUGAACAACCUUACUGAUUGGGGGAAGAAACUUUUUGAAUCUGGUGGUCCUGCUGUGAAUACUACAAAGCAUGCUCCCUAAUAGGAAUGGACAGUCCAUGAACAGGAUGGAUGGGAUUCCUCAUGAUAUUGCUGGCCUUUUUUCAGUACCUUUCUGUAUUUAAGUCCUUGAUUGUAGGUAGGUAGUGUCUGUGAUAUAUUGGACGGUUUUGUCGUUGUAGAGCCUUCCUGUAUGCCACAGGCAGUUUCUGAACCAUGCGGCAUGAUAGUAUGCUCUCUGGUGCACAUCUGUGUAAUAAGUCAUGAAUAUUGAUAUGCAUAGUCCUGCUUUCUUCAGUCUCCUCAGAAAGUAGAGGCAUUGAAGGAUGCGUUCUGGGACCAUGAGAGGUUGUGCGAGAUGUGUACACCUAGGAGCUUGAAACAUCUCAUAGGUUCCACUGCUGUGCGGCCAGUGUAAAGAGGGUGUGAGUUAUGCACGUUCUUCUGAAGUUGGUAACCAUUGUUAUCAUUGAGGAAGAGGUUAUUUGUCUAGCAGCAAUCCUUAAGCUGUUUCACCUCCAAACUGAGGUGCAAGCCUUAAGCUGUUUCACUGCCACUGAGGCUGUCUACAAGAAGGGUCAGAGCCGUCCUCCUGAGGAGAAUGAGGUCCUUUAACAUCUGCUGGACGAUGCUGAGGAUGUUCUACGAGGCUGUGGUGGCCAGUGCUAUCAUGUUUGCUGUUGUGUGCUGGGGCAGUAGGCUGAGGGUAGCAGACAUCAACAGAGUCAACAAACUCAUUCGUAAGACCAGGGAUGUUGUGGGGGUGGAACUGGACUCUCUGAUGGUGGUGUCUGAAAAGAGGAUGCUGUCCAAGUUGCAUGCCAUCUUGGACAAUGUCUCCCAUCCACUCCAUAAUGUACUGGGUAGGCACAGGAGUACAUUCAGCCUGAGACUCAUUCCACCAAGAUGUAACACUGAGCGUCAUAGGACUUCAUUCCUACCUGUGGCCAUCAAACUUUACAACUCAUCCCUCGGAGUGUCAGACACCCUGAGCCAAUAGGCUGGUCCAGGACUUAUUUCCACUUGACAUGAUUAACUUAUUAUUAUUAUUUAAUUAUAUAUGGUUUUAUAUUG